UAAAUUAAUGCGCCGACUCGUGGAACGGGAGUGCCCGUGCCAGGGGCACAGCAGAGAGCAAACUGAGCGGAGGAAGGCGUAGGCCAUCCAGACCAUCAAAACAACGCACACAGCAAAAAAGUAGAGCGCACGCUGCCCUCCUCGUCGGCGAAUUCGUCGCCCAGAUAUCUUCCCUUUUCCCUCCUUCAAAAACGCGAUGAUCGUGCGGCACGCUGCCCUCAGCACGGCUCUGAUCGCCCUUCUAACCUUUCAAUCAGCUGUUGGAGAAGACUUCAAGUGCUUCCAGUGCUCCUCAGACAGGGAUGAAUGGUGUGAGAAUCCUUUGGCAAAUGAGAGGGAGGCCACCGAGUGUGACCAUUUAGAGCACCAGGCCAAAAUCCUUUUCCAAAAGACCAAAAACGUUUUCAAAGGUCUCUUCCAAAGCAUAAUUAGCAAGGACGGUGCACCCAGCGAUCAAAACUUCCAUUACGCCUGCCUGAAAGAGGUCUCUACUUUGGGUGGGAUGCGAGUGGUGAAAAGGAAAUGCACCCUUGACACCUCUGAAGUUCGUGAUGAAGACGGACACCCAUUGGAGAAUGAGUGUGCAUCCAAAACUACCUACACGAGCUAUUGCGACAUCUGCAAGACAGACAGUUGCAAUUCGGCUCCUGCCUUGGCCAUGCAUCAAAUCGUGUUUCUUGUUGGCUGUCUCCUGCUGAAAUUGCUCUGGUAAUUUUUUCGCAUCAUUUUGCCACAAAUGUAAUGGACUGAUAUUUUUAUCUAUAUUUGUAAGUCCAUUUGUGAUUAUCUCUGGCGAUUACAAUUUUUAUCAAGCCAUUCUAAUAUCAGUCAAUCCUUUUUUAAGUGUGUUUAUUUGUUGUUUAAUGUGUAGUCGCUCAAAAUCUAACAUGAGCUUUUGGUGACAGCAAAGACAUUUUAAAAAUAGUAAUAUAUUUAUGCAUUUGAACAUGUAUCGCCAUAGCUAAAGCGGGCUUUAAACUAUUUGAAAAUUGUGCAUUCCAAUUUAAACUUGACCUAUUUUUAUUUAGAUUUGUAUUUUCAGUAGAGAUUGUGUUAAAAAUUAAAAUUAAUUUUUGGUCAAAUUAAAAAAAUACUUGCAAGCGCAGAAAACCAACCUGAUAUUUAUAUAAUAUUAAUUGUACUAACGGAAAACAUUAAAAUGAUAACGCUGAAUACCUCAGCCUGUAGGUAAUGAUAAAAUGUAUAUUUAUACCAAAGGAACAUCAAAUAAAUGUGCAACAUACUCUUAUAUAUAAAA